CGGUAUAUUCUUUUUCUCUCUCUCUCGUUUCGUUAUGUGCAGGUUAAUGUUUCACCCUAUUAGUCAUCACUGUGACCCUUUUGUGUUGGAUUCUAAUUUCCAGUAGGGGAGGCGAAAUUGUCUGGGACACCUUGCUCUCCAUCUUUCCUGUUUCACGCGCGCACGUAGCCGUCCUUCCUCACCCCCUCCCUCCGUCCCUCCGUUUCUGGCCAUCAGCAGCGUCUGACGCGACGCAGCAGAGCCUCAUCUGCUCGUGACAUUCUGGCUUUUGUGUCCGAGCGAGGAAGGGGGGAGACCUUCUUCGUGGACCACCAUGGACAUGAUGGGCGACAAAGAGCGGCGACGCCUCAGUUGCAAAGGCUUGCUGAAGAAGAACUGGCUGCUGAUCGCCACAGUGGUAUCAGUGCUGCUCGGGAUCAGUCUGGGUGUUGCCGUAAGAGAGUACGCCUCUCUGUCCCAUCUGCACAAGCAAUAUUUCGGCUUCCCGGGAGAGAUUCUGAUGCGAAUGCUAAAGCUGGUCAUCCUCCCGUUGAUCAUUUCCAGCAUGAUAACAGGUGUUGCUGCCCUGGACUCGGAGGUGUCGGGCAAGAUCGGCUUGCGAGCUGUCAUUUAUUAUUUCUCCACCACGAUUAUCGCCGUCAUCCUUGGCAUCAUCCUAGUGAUGACCAUCAAGCCCGGAGUCUCUCAAACGGCGCAGCACAUUGACAGAGCCGGAACCACGCCCAACGUCACCACCGUUGACACGCUGCUGGACCUCCUCAGAAAUAUGUUUCCGGAAAACUUGGUGCAAGCUUGUUUCCAACAGUACAAAACCAAGCGCAAGGAGUUGGAGCCGCCUCAGAGGGUACCGGUCGCAGGUACGGACAUUCCUCCUGUCACAAGUACGGACGUUCCUCCUGACGCGACCACUGUGUUUGAUGCCGUGGAGAACAUCACCAUAGACUACAAAAUCAGCGGGACGUAUUCGGACGGGAUCAACGUUUUGGGCCUCAUCGUGUUCUGCGUCGCGUUUGGACUCGUCAUCGGGAAGAUGGGUGAAAAGGGACGCAUCCUUCUGGAGUUUUUUGAUGCCCUUAACGAUGCCACCAUGAAACUGGUGCAUAUAAUUAUGUGCUAUAUGCCAAUCGGGAUCCUGUUCCUAAUCGCCGCCAAGAUCAUCGAGGUGGAAGACUGGGAGAUCUUCCGCAAGAUGGGUCUUUAUAUGGUAACGGUGCUGAGCGGACUCGCCAUCCACGCCAUCGUCUGCCUGCCCCUCAUCUUCUUUGUCAUCGUGAGGAAGAAUCCGUACACAUUCACGCUGGGGAUGGCGCAGGCCCUUGUGACGGCCCUCAUGAUCUCGUCCAGCUCUGCCACCCUCCCCGUCACCUUCCGCUGCGCUGAGGAAAACAACCACGUGGACAAGCGCAUCACCCGCUUCGUCCUCCCCGUGGGGGCCACCAUUAACAUGGACGGCACGGCGCUCUACGAGGCCGUCGCCGCCAUAUUUAUCGCCCAGCUCAAUGACUACGCCCUGGAUGUGGGGCAGAUUGUCACCAUCAGCAUUACCGCAACUGUGGCAAGUAUCGGAGCUGCAGGCGUCCCGAAUGCGGGCCUGGUCACCAUGGUGAUAGUUUUGACAGCCGUCGGACUACCUGCCAGUGAUGUCACGCUCAUCGUCGCUGUGGAUUGGUUGCUAGACCGUUUCCGCACCAUGAUCAACGUGCUGGGCGACGCGUACGGCGCCGGCAUCGUCCAGAAGCUCUCCAAGCGCGAACUGGAGAGGAUGGACCUGAUCUCGGACGUGGAUGUGGCAAACCCCUUCGCCUUGGAGGCUACGCCCGACGGCGACGAGUGCGACAAGAAAUCCUACGUCAACGGGGGCUUCUCCGUCGACAAGACGGACGCCAUCUCCUUUACCGAGACGUCACAGUUCUAGAAUCCCCACCCCUCUCCUCUCCCCUGACCCCGCCUGAAGAAAGUGCCAUAUACUCCGAGGGGUAAUACCUUCUAUCAGCACCUAUCAUCAGCAAUAGCAGCUUCCAUUCAUCAUCACUGACAUUUACGACUGAUUUCAAGUGCUUCCUUUUUACACUGAAAUGAUACAUUUAUACUCCAGGAAAAGUCCUUUAGUGGGUGGAUGGAUGGAUGGAUGUAUGGAUGGAUGGAUGGAUGGAUGCGAGGUGUGUUUAUUGAGCAGCGACAUUCCACAGCGCAGCUUUAUUUGCUUCUGAGUAGAAAUGCACGGCUCCUAUUAACUAUUUGUACAGAAUGUUACAACUGUGCCAAGCCUGUGAAGAGGUGAGUUGACUUGAAGGUUCGAGUCGUGAAACACUGUGAACUUUGGCCGCAUAUUAAGCGUACCGCCCUGUUCUCGAGAGAAUUUAAGCCCAACGCGGGGAGGGGGGGGGAUGUCUAAUUGCGAUAUUACGAGGGGAAAUGAUUAUGAGAUUAAGGUGGUGAGAAAAAAUGUUGAAGGGGUCAUAUGAGGGGGGGAAAAGUCAUAAAUUCAAGUUGUAGAGGGAAAAGUUGUAAUUUUGCGUCAAAUUUGUAAUGUUGCAAGAAUGAGAUGUAAUAUCGGAACAAGUCCAACUGUUGCGAAAAUGCUAUGAGGAAAAAGAUUAAGAGUGGAGUAUUACAAAAAACAGAGUUAGUAUUCUGUAAGGGGGAAAAGUCGGACGGAAUAUUGCCAAGUUGUGAUUUUACAAGGUGGGGGCGGAAUUGCAACUUCAGAAAUGACAGUCGAGAAAUUAGUCGGAAAAAAUGGCAGCGUCGUGUGAAAAAGAAAGAAAGUGGCAUGUUAUAAGAAAAAAAAAAAACCAAAUAGGAAUUUUUAAGACUUGCUUUGAAGAAAAUACCAUAUUUAUUGUAAAGAAAUAUAUGAAUAUUGUACUACACGACACUAUUUAAUAAUAAAAUCAAAAUGUUCAUAGGCAAUGCAAUGAGAAUGUGGGAAUGUUAUUAGGAAACAAAGAUUUAUAUUUACGAAAAUUCAAUAUUUUGCUAAUAUUGUCCUAUACUUGAAUGCUAUCAUAUUCAAAUUAUGUGCAGAAUACAACAUUAUAUCAAAAGUAGUAAAUUCUCCCGAGAACAGGCUUCUUGAGUAGUGUCUUGUAUUUAGGCUGUUACAAACUCGAUAAGAACUUUUUUUUUUUUUUUGUGUGUGUGUGUUGUUGUUGUAAAGCAGCCAAAUUACGCACACGCACACCGAGGAGACCAACGUACUGUACUCUAUGCUCUUGUGACCUCCAGUCAGCUUUCCAAGUGUCACUCCGAGACACGACUUAAUAUCCUCUAACGCAUUUUUGCCAUCGAAAGCAGGACAAGGUUCUUCGGAGCGAACGUGGCUCGAGUGCUUGAUGAUUUUGUCGAUUCAUGUAUUUGCUGUCCAGUAUAUGAAUAAAAACAAGUCGCUUCCAAAGCA